ACUUGGCGGUAAACGCCCGCUGUAAGCUUCCAUUUCUUGGCUCGCCGACGUUACCAUCAAAGUUCUCCAAUCCGGACGGUUCCGUUUAAACAUCUCGCAACCGCGUCUCAGAGAACGCUCUUCCAAACGGUGCCCCAGCUCCCACUUCCUCAAAUAAUAUCCGGCCCCCAUUCUCCUCAACUCCCAUCACCAAUAAUUCCAUAACCAAAAAAAAAAACGAACCCCGUCGAUCGAUCUCGUCUUGCGAGAGAAGAAAAGACGACUGUAAGAUCCCUCGCUCCUCGCCAGCCUCUGUUCCAAUGGUCGUCGUCAAGGCCUGGCUUGCCGAUUUGCGGGCCCGAGUGGGAACCAGCGACCGCGGCCUCCGCCUCGACGACCCUCCGGGCGUCGUCGGGAUCCUCGCCUUCGAGGCCGCGGCAACCAUGGCCCGCCUCGUCUCUCUCCACCGCGCCCUCUCCGAGCGCGAAGUCCUCCGCCUCCGCUCCGAGACCAUGCGGUCCCAGGGCGUGGCCUACCUCAACUCCACCGACCAGUUCCGUCUCUUCCGCCUCGCCUGCGCCGAAAUGAUGGAUGAGCUCGACCGCGCCGUCACUGCCAUUUCCCGCCUCGGCGCCCGGUGCCGCGGAACCCUCCCAAGAGGCUUCGCCAGCAUCUACGCCGACAUCAAGGCCGGCGGAAUCAUCGCCGAUCUAGGCCGGCUUGGGAUGGGGUCCACGCCGAAGGCAGUCGAGAAACGGGUCAGAAAGAUGGAGCGCUACGUCGCGACGACCGCGAGAUUAUUCGCGGAGAUGGAGCUGCUGUCGGAGCUGGAGGCGUCGGAACGGAAGAUGGAGCAGCAGUGGAGGCGGUACAGCGGGCCAAUACCGAUGCAGAAACGUAUCGCCGCCGAUCCGCUCCGGCUCGAGAUAAAGUCUCAGCGCCAGCGAGUCCGGCGGCUCAAGAAGGAGUCUCUCUGGAGCCAGCGUCAGGACAAGGCGGUGGACCGCAUGGCUAAAGCCGCCGUCUCUGUCUUCGCCAGGAUCUGCGCCGUUUUCGGCCAGUUCGUGCCGGGGCUCCCUAAUUACCGGACCAAUCUCACACCCCGAACCCACCCGAUAUUUUCCAGCAAGCACUCGUCCGGUCCGAUGGAAAGACCGAUUCCGAGAGACUCAAAUAUCCGAAACUCGGCUCCGAUAUCUACAACGACGAAAGCGAUCCACAAUUCAUGUACCGACUGGAGUAAGCAAUUGGCGGCGCCUCCGACCACGGUCGGGGGAUCAGGCCUGGCGCGCCGUUAUGCGAAUGUGAUCGUAUUGGCGGAGAGGCUGCAUCUAAUGAGGUCCAGCGGCGAUGGGUUGGACGGCGAGGAGUCCAAGGUGGAGGCGGCGGUGAGAGAGGAGCUGUAUGGGCUGCUGCCGGCGGGGUUGCGGGGGACCGUGAGGGCGAAGCUGAGGGAGUGCUGGAGGAAGAAUGGCGGGAUGGUCGAUGAGGGGCUGGCGGAGGGGUGGAAGGAGGCGGUGGGGCGAAUUCUCGGGUGGCUGGGGCCGAUGGCGCACGACACCGUGUGGUGGCAGGAAGAGCGGAGCAUGGACCGGCAGCAGCGGUUCGACACGAACCCGAGGUCGCUGCUGCUCCAGACGCUGCAUUUCUCCGACAAGGAGAAGACGGAAACGGCGAUCGUCGAGGUGUUGGUCGGGUUGAGCUGCGUUUGUUGGCACGAGGAGCGGCGACUCGAGUCAUUGAGGUUUUGAACAAUAUUCGACAACCAGGUUCAGAAGAAGAUGAAGAACAGGAAUUAAUUUUGGGGAUUUAGGAAUUUGUUUGGGCACUAGGAAUUGGUAAAAGCAUUCAUGGAUUCAUGGCUGUGUUUACCCAUUCCUUUUUCUGCCGUUUGGAUUGUUUUCAUUAAUAUGAAUACACACGGUUUUCGUCAUUCGAUGAGUUUGGCUUGGGGAAGCCGGAAUAGCACCCGCUUUACUCCAGUUUCAAAGUUCACAAGUGUCCGGAGACGGAAGGAGAAGGAAAAUAUGGAUAAUUGAUUGAUUCAAUAUAAAAA